CCUUUCACUGCUUUUCCAACGCCUUCUAUCACCAAUUCACUACAUCUGCUGCCUGUUCGACGCCCUCGACCAGCUUCAAAAUCCACACAGGUUCACUUCCAAGACACUUCCGCGCCUUACAACAGCUGUCAUCAUGGCUUACGGUUGGGACGAGUCUCACGAUGCGUACCAGAACUACCAGUCGGCCGAACCACACGAGGCAUCGUUCGGUCACGAGCUGCUAGGCGGUGCUGCCGCCUUCGGUGCCAUGAAGAUGUUUGAGGAUCACCAGCGCAAGGAGGGCAAGACCGUCAACCACGCCUUCGCCAAGGAGCUGCUCGCUGGCUUUGCCGGCGCAGAGGUCGAUCGCCUUGCCGAGACCAAGGGCGCUGAUUUCAUCGACCGCGAGAAGGCCAAGCGACAUGCCCGCGAGUCGGCGGAGCGCAUGUAUGACGACCACUACGGUCGCCAUGACGAGUAUGACCCCGAGAGACAUCGACCACACGAGAGGCUGCGACGGGAGUAUGGAGAAGACCGCUGGUAGACGGUCGUAGUCGGGCCUUGGUCGACACGUUUCACGUCGUCACAACGACCAUUGUGAGCGAUAGCUACGAGAUGAGAAAUGAACAAUAAAUGAAAAAAAAAUUUCCUCGUCAAA